AUGAAAACGCUAGCUCUCUUGUUCGCAUUUCUUGGAAUCCAGCUGCCUUUACUAACGGAAGCAGAUUGUCCAUUGGACUUGACCUCGUCUAACUUCACUCUCGUGGCCUCCGUGUGCUCGAACAACACCGACAGAGGCAAAUGCUGCCGCUACAUGAACGCUUUCGUUGCUGUAUCCGUCGCUCGCUAUGCUAACCACACAGCAGAUCUUGGAGUUGCAUCAGAUUUGACCGAAAUAUGCAUCACCACCAUCUCCAGAACCAUGGAGCUCUAUGGAAUCCCAAGAAACGCAACUGCCUUCUGUGGACUAGGGAGCAAGAUUCUGGUUAACUAUGACUGUGAGGGUCUGUCCACUGUAACGCAAAUGCUUCAGUCCCCAAAGUUUGGAGAAGUGUCUAGAGACUGCAAACUCCCGCUUUCACCGGGAGAUCAAUGCAAGAAUUGUUUGAACUCCGGUAUCACCUACCUUCGUAGUCUCGUGGAUACAGGGAACAGCAUCAAAGUGAGUACCUGUCGAGAUGCAACCUAUGCUGCAUUAGCAAGCCGGGUUGAUAAUUCAUCGGCCCUUGAACUCGCUAGCUGCUUCUUUAAUGUCGCUGAGCUUAGCGUUGCUCCAGAGUCGUCUCCAUCGUCGCUGAGCCCAGAAGCUUCUCCAAGUCCAGUGUUAGCUGAUAGUCCAAGCGGCGAUGAUCUUGUUUUGUCUCCAAGUAAAAGUCACCAUUCGUAUCACUUGACUGUGGUUCCGACUAUUGGGAUCGCUGUUACAGUUUUUGCUGUUGUAAUGCUCGUGGUCCUUAUAGUCCUUAUCCAAAGAAAAAAACGGGAACUUGAUGACUCCGAGAGUAUGGAUCGUAAUCCAACAAAGACAUUUCCUUCUCCACGCCCCAAUGUGAUGAUUCAUGAAGGUAACUCGUUGGCUUUUCGGAAAUUCAGCUACAAGGAGAUGAGGAAAGCAACUGAAGAUUUCUACACGGUGAUUGGCCGUGGGGGAUUUGGGAUUGUUCACAAGGCUGAGUUCAGUAACGGGUUGGUUGCAGCUGUGAAAAAGAUGGACAAGAGCUCCGAACAAGCAGAAGAUGAAUUUUGCAGAGAGAUAGAGCUUCUCGCCAGGCUGCAUCACCGCCACUUAGUUGCUUUGAAAGGCUUUUGUAUUAAGAAGAAGGAGAGGUUCCUUGUCUACGAGUAUAUGUCAAAUGGGAGCCUGAGCGAUCAUCUACAUGACACAGAAAAACCUCCAAUUAGUUGGGCAACAAGGAUGAAGAUCGCAAUUGCUGUGGCUAAUGCUCUGGAGUACCUUCAUUUCUACUGUGACCCACCUCUCUGUCACAGAGACAUAAAGUCAAGCAACAUAUUACUGGACGAGAAAUUUGUUGCUAAGCUUGCAGAUUUUGGCCUUGCACAUGCUUCUAGAGAUGGUUCCAUCUGUUUCGAACCUGUUAAUACUGAUAUCCGUGGAACUCCAGAUCUGGUGGAUCCGAGAAUCAAAGACUGCAUAGAUGGAGAACAGCUCGAGACAGUAGUGGCGGUUGUGAGAUGGUGCACGGAGAAAGAAGGCGUGGCUAGGCCAUCGAUCAAGCAAGUCCUGAGGCUGUUGUGCGAAAGCUGUGAUCCGUUGCAUCUCGGGCUUGCGAUGGCGGUUGAGGAAGACAAAGGGAGGUCGUUGAGAGGUGACUCUGGUUUCCAAAGCGGUGACAUUCGUGGCUUGGCUUCUUCCUCUAGUACUACUUCAAGGUCGCAUUGUAGCCGGAGUUUUCUGCUCGAGACUGGCUCUCCUCACUCUCCACCAAACGGUCUCUCUUUUUGA